AUUUUAGCCAAACAUUUCGACCUGUAAGGCUGCAAUUUGAGAUAGACCCAAUCUCAUCUGUUCUUAUCAGCAUAAGCUUUCAUUUGAUUCUGGGCUUUGGCUAUGUUCUCCUUCAACUCUGUUAAAAUAGUGUCCCUGUCAACUGUCAUGUUAUUAACUUCUACUGUGGAAGGAAUUGUAGUACCCUUGAAAAGUGGUGGUGGAUCUCUGCCUUAUAGAGCCUUAAAAGGGGUGCUUUUAGUAGAGCUGGUGUAAUUUGUAUUGAACUAGAAUUCAGCCCAACUCAACCAAUUUGCCCAUUGUUUUGGCUUAUACCCGGUUAAACACCUUAAGUAUGUCUUGAGGCACUUAUUGACAACCUCAGUCUGCCCAUCAGACCGUGGAUGAUAAACAAUGCUAAACUUGAGUUUUGUUCCGACCAAGCAGAAUAGUUCAGUCCAUAGAAGACUGAGAAAAAUCUUAUCUUUAUCUAAUACAAUAGUGGAAGGAAACCUUUGGAGCUUGACCACAUCUUUAAGGAAAACCUUUGUAAUAUCUCGGGCGGUGAAAGGGUGAUUAAGAGGAAUGAAACUAGUAUAUUUAGUAAGCCUAUCCACUACUAAUAUUAUAGCAUCUUUGCCCUAUGAUUUAGGGAGACCUUCCACAAAAUCCAUGGAAAUGUCAUCCCAAACUUGUGUUGGAAUGGGCAGGGUUGGAGGAGGCCUGCCCGGAAUAAAGGAUACUUAUUCUGCUGGAAAACCUCACAAGUAGCUACAAAUUGCUGGAUGUCCUUCCUCAUGCCUUCCCAAUACACCACUGCCGAUAUCCUUUAAUAGGUUCUAAAAAAUUCAGAAUGACCUUCAACUACAGAAUCAUUAGAUUCCCUUAACAAAAGAGGAAUUUUCUGGGAUCCCCUUGGCAAGACUAGUCUCCCUUUGUGCAUCAAUUUUCUCUUUUGAAAAGAGAACCCUGGGUGGGUAGUUGAAUCCUUGAGUUGGUCUUGUAUAAUAGUCUUCAAUUUACUAUGUGCUUCUUCUUCCCAUUCUUCUAACUUUGAAAACUCAAUUUUUGAUAUGGCAGCAUAUGUCAUUCGUCUAGAUAAGGCAUCUGCAGCUAUGUUUUCACAUCCAGGUUCAUACUUGAUUUCGAAGUUCCAGUCCUAUCACAAUUUGGAAGUCCAUCUGAACUACCUAAUACUCUUUGAUCAGUCAGAAAUUUGAGACUUCUCUGAUCUGUAUGAAGGAUAAAAUGUCUUCCCAUCUGACUAACACAUGAUUCCAUACAAUUCACUUAAAUAUUAUCAAUGGUUCUUUGUUUUUCUUCUGCUUCUGUACUCUUGUUCCCCAUUCCCCUCCUUCAAAAGAAGAAAAAAUAUGUUCUGUCUUAACAUCUUUUUUUCUGGAUAUUUCAUUUCUCUCUUGGCUUCCACUUGAUAACAGAAUAGAGUUUGUGAUACCUGUGCGGAGGGCGAUGUUUACUCCAAUCUCAUUGUUUGUCACAAAUUCCAUGUUGGUGCAGAGCACUUUUACUUUAUGCAUUAUGAUGAGCAAUCAGAACUAAAUGCAAAGCUAAAAAGAUCGUAAAGAUUGGAAAUGUCAAGUGUGCAUUCCGAGGGAAGGUACUGACAAAUUAGUGCAAGAUGAUGUUGAAGUGGCUGCAAGAAGAAAGAAAGGGCGUCCAUUUGGAAGUUCAACAAACUGUGAAUCUAGUAAAGGUUCAAAAUUAAAAAUUAGAUCUUCAUCUGCUGGAAAAAGUGGGGAGAAUAGUGCUCACUUAUCAGCUAAAAGAUAUCAAGUCCUUUUAAGUGAAUGUGUCAUGAAAAAAGCCAGGGACUCUCCACUUUCUGAGGAUGUAUCGAACAAAAAAAUUAAAAAAUCAAAAAUUAAAUCUCUGAAUGAAAUUAUUUGUUUCAUUCCAGAAAUAUCUAAUGGUGAAACUUCAUUUUCUGGACCCAGUUUUUGCAAUAUUGAUGCUGUUAAAAGUUCUGGACAAUCGGAUCAUAGAUUACGGGCAAGCAAUCACAACACUCAUAAAGACCCCAACUGUCCAAAUGAAAAGAACAAAAGUGUGAACCAGCAAGGUGAACAGACCACAAAAGCUGCUACAGCCAUGAGCAUAUAUAAAUUACGCAUCAACCCUGCUUCUGAUGAAGGGACAUGCUCGAGAGACUCGGUGCAGGUUGAGACAACAUUUCUUUCACAGGAUGUCGUUCCAGAGGCCGAUUCUUCGUGGCUGGGCAAGUUUCAGAUACACAGCAGUGAGGGGAUUGUAGGGACAUGGGAUGGGAUUCAAGCUCACUUAUCAAAUUGUUCAUCAUCUAUAGUUGUCAAAAUGGCGUCUAGGCUUCCUAAAAUAAUUAUACUGGAGGAACUACCUCGCUUGAGGCUUUGGCCAUCCCAAUUUAUGGCAAAUCGAGUCACUGAAGAUAAUAUUGGUCUCUUCUUUUACACACGUGAUGAUGAUAGCUAUGUAUGUUAUAAACAAUUGGUGGAUCAGAUGAUCGAGAAUGAUUUGGCACUUAAAGGAAAUGUGGAUGGGAUUGAGCUUUUAAUUUUUCCAUCUAACGUUCUUCCUGAGAGAUCCCAGCGUUGGAAUCGAAUGUUCUUCUUGUGGGGUGUAUUCAGAGGACGGAAGGUGAAUAUCUCAGCUACCACACCAGUUUCAAAUUCUCUUAAGCUAGAUAAUGGAGAUGCUGCGAAAGGUUUGCCAUUUGAUCUCAAUGCUUAUCCUCAAGAUGGAGAUGAUGAGGAAAUAGUUGAUAAAAUUCCUGAAUUUGACCUCAAUGCUUAUCCUCAAGAUGGAGAUGACAUGGAAAUAGUUGAUGAAAAACCUGAAAUUGAUGGCAUAGGUGGUUCAGGAGAGAGAGUUUUGGUGGUUGGAGAGAAUUCCAAUAGUAAAGGUGGAGAGGUAAAUGCAGAGCGAGCGGUUAUAGAUAUUAACGUUCCAUUGUGUCCUGAAAGUGGAACACCAGAAAAUGGUUCUGGUUCUGUUGGGGUUGAGGACAAUAAUAAUGUUGAAGUUCCAUUAACGUCACUCCCUCAUGCACCACCUUCAACAAUUCUGGAUCCAAUCGAUUGGAAAGCUGUGGAUGAUUUGAUCUUUUUCUCUAAGGGAAAGUUUUGAGUGUGGCAUUUGAAG